CCCUCACUGGGAGUGAUAGGAACAAGUGCCCCUGGAGCCUGGAGCAUCUUCAGAGUACUUCCUGUACCGGUUUAUCUGGGUCCACACACAGGACCAGGAAGCAGAGGACAGAAAGGAGAACAAGGCACAUGUGCAUUGUUCUAGAACAUUGUACGUUCUAGAAGGAGGCAUCCCUUCCCCUCUCUUGGGCUUGGUGUGGUGCAGAAGACAUCUGAGCUGAAGCAAUGACACUGAGAGUGUUGGCAGUGUGGCUGCCUUCAGUUCUGCUCCUCUUGCAGGUCCCAGGCUGUGUCCCUUUGCGUGGCCCCAGCACCGUGACAGGCGCUGUGGGGGAGUCCCUGAUUGUGCGGUGUCAGUAUGGGGAGAAAUACAAGAGUAAUGCCAAAUACUGGUGCAGAAACUCGCUGUGGCAAUGUAAUUAUAUUGUCAUGACCAGAGGCUCAAAAGAAGCUAGGAGUGGCCGAGUGUCCAUCAGGGAUCAUCCAGCCACCCUCACCUUCACAGUGACCUUGGAGAACCUCACCCGGGAGGAUGAAGGCAUCUACAAGUGUGGAGUAGAUGUACCAUUUAUUAAUGAUGGGUCCUUGUGGGAGAUUGAUCCCACCCUGGGGAUUGAUAACUCCUUCAAUGUUGUGGUGUCUGUAGUACCAGACCAUAUCCCUGGUAACAGAACAAAUACCCUGACAUCUCCCACAUCCUCACCAGUGCACACUCAGCCCAGCGUGACCACAGAGGACACAACUCCUGGUCCCAGCCUACAACCUCGGUCCCUGAUGAGCAGCAUCUACUUCCAGAUCCUGGUCUUUCUGGAGCUGCCCCUGCUCCUGAGCAUGCUCAGUGCAGUCCUCUGGGUAAACAGACCUCAGAGGUGCUCUGGGGAGAAGCGGCAUCGCCCCGAUUAGGAGAAUCAGUGACAUCUGUUGACAACGAAGCCCUGUCCAUGUCGCCGCACACAGCUCCCCUGGUGUCAGAGGACAGUCUGUGCUUCUGAGAAUACUCUGAGAUGUCUUAGAAGAUUCUUUGUGCUGUGUCAAACACAUACAAGAAUGUGCCCAAUAAAUACAUAUACAUAUUAA